AUGCCAACUUCUUACCCCCAUAAUCCCAUAUCCAACAGCCAAUUAAUUAAAUAUGGCGCCAAAGAAGCAAACAAACGGCAAGAGGAAGAACGAAUUCCACCUCCCGAUACAGGAUGGGAAGGACCAUUACCGAAUCACGAAGGAGGGUCAGAAAAAGGCUAUCUAUUCAAACCUCCGUAUGCAUGGCAAAGCACAAAAUUCCACACAAAAUAUCAUUCAGCAUGCUGGUGCGGAAAAGUUGAAUUUGAAUAUCAUGGUGAUCCGAUUGAUGCAAAACAUUGUCAUUGUACACAAUGUCAACGUUUGCAUGGCGCUUGCUUUCAAUGGGCAGCUCUUUAUUUCAAAACUUCUGUUAGACUUAAGCCAAGCUGUGAUCCGAUGUACUUGAAAUUCUUUUCAACACAAGAAAGACAUAGCGAUCAUCAUGCACCAUGCAAAGUUUCUUGUCGAAAUUGCGGAAGUCAUUUAUUGGACGAAGGCAGAACAAUGGUAAUGGCUUAUCCACCUUCUUUUGGUUUUAAGGAUCAACAAAUUCCAGACGCUUUUGCACCAAGUUGUCAUAUCUUUUAUAAGAAUAGAGUAAUCAAUGUCGACGAUGGUGUACCAAAAUGGAGCGGUCACAAAGAUAAAUCGGAAUUAAUGCCACAUGAUGCUGAGGGAGGACACAAGUUAGGUCUGGGGAAUGAGCACAAAUACAAGGAUAGGCACAAUGUCGAAAAGACAUGA